AUGCGAUCCCAGUCACCAGUCGCUCAGAUGCCCUCGCCCGUUUCACAACCUCUCGGCUCCCCGCCCUCCAAGUCACGCAAGAAGCGCUCGCCCUAUGUAGCCAUUGCUUGCGGCGAGCGGCCCUGCAAGAGAUGCCGCGACAGCGACAUCAUGUGUGUCUACGGCCGCGCCACACGCUUCCAGACUACAGAUGAGACUUCCAUAUCCAGCAAACCAAAACGAGACUCGCAGGUCACAAAUGAGCCUCAAAAGCCCCGUGAGCGAGACUCAUUCCGCGUCAAGAAACCACCACCCGCACCCCCGCGCUCACAGAAUAGCGCCGAGGCCAGCGCCCAGACCCGUCAUGGGAGCUCCGACUACUACCUCCGUCUCGCCGAGAAGCGCCUCGGCGACCUCAGCCCGGGCCCGGGCCGGUCCCUCUUUGGCAGCGGCCACCAGCAACAGCUCAUGAUUGGCUCGCACAUUAUGCAGCAGCUCAUUGACCACCGCAAGACGGGCGCGGCCCCGGGCACCUUUGCGCCGCUGGAUAAGGAGCUUUGGAUACGCAUCAUUGACAUUUACGAGGAAGAGGUCGCCCUGCAGUACCCGUUCCUGGACCUCGAGGUCCUGCGGCAUCGCAUCAGAGCAUCGACGCCGCCCAGCGAGACCAAUCCCGCUCCGCCAGACCAAGCCGCCAUCGAGGACAUCAUGUCGCUGGUUCUUUCUGUUGCCUCGAGUAUUGUUGAUCCGGGGACAUUGCCAGUGGCCAACAGUUUUGUCGAGAGCUUGUUCAGCACUGCCAUGCUCCGGACGCAGCUUGGCGCCGUCAACAAGUCUGAUCUAUCCAUUAUAAUCCUUGCUAGCAUCUUCUUUUUCCUAAACGACAAGGAAAUGCUGGCGUGGAGGGCCAUUGGCAAUGUACUUCGCUCAUUGCACGAAAUAAUAGCCCAAAAAAUCGAAGAUGCACCCAACCUGACAACGCUGGACCAGUUCAAGGAUGUUGGCGAAAAGUACUACUGGACUGUAUACACGCUGGAUCGACGAUGGGGCUUUGGCACGGGCUUACCAUUUUCGGUCCACGACUCUGAUAUCCAUCGGCAACCGCAUUUUAAAGACGACUCUCUUUCCUCGACAUAUCUGAGGCAAAUGAUUGAGUACAGCAUAAUCUCUGCCGAAGUCCGGCGCUCCAUCCUCCAGCCAUCCAUCUCACCAUCCGCCACCGUCACCGCCUUGGCCGCCACCCGGAAUCUGCUCGACUUUCAAGUCACCCAGUUUCAAAAAAACAUUCCCAAACGACUCCAGUUCCUCGGCCUGCAGGACAAGUUCGACCCCGCGCGGGAAAAACGCGGCGAGUACCGUCUGCGCCUCGUCCUGUACUUGCGCUGCAACCAGAUGCGCAUCGUCAUUCACCGCAAGUCGGCCAUGUCGCAGACGGGCGGCGGCUUCGACACGUCCACCACAAACGUGCUGGCCGAGACGUCGCAGGACACGAUUCGGAUCCUCAUUGCGCUCGCGCGCGAGACGGACAUUUACCACGCGCAGCAGCGCACCUUUAACCACUUUCUCGAGACGGCCCUCGCGUCGCUGCUGCUGCUGCUGUGCUACGCAGAGGCCGAGUACCGCGUCGGCUACCUACCGGACGUGCUCGCCGCCAUGGAGCUCGUCCAGAACCUCUCGGUCCACUCCCCCGUGACCCGCGCCCUCAAGCAGAAGCUGCACCGCGUCCAGCACAUGAUUAAGAGCUUCCGCGUCUCCAGCCACACUUCGGCGCAGCAGUCGCCCCGCUCCGGCUCCGUCGCGCCCGCCGCUGCCGCCGCCGCCGCCGCCGCCGCCGCUGCCGGUGGCGACCAAUUUGGCGACGUUCGACACGGCAGCCAUCCGCCCGUCGGCACGCCCACUCCAAACAGCCAUAUGCCCAUAUCGCUCCCCCCCGUCAUAAAUGACCAGCAGCCCGCCGUGUUUCCGCCCGCCGCGGCGCUAGCGGAAAUGGCCAUGGGUGGGGGAGGCAGCGGCGGCGGCGGUGGCGGCGAUGGCCCGUUUACACCGGGCGUGCAGCAGCCAUCGUUUCAAAUAAACAGCCAGAUGAACACUCCGCAGCCGUACGACGAUAGUUUCGGCGGCGGCGGCGCGGGGAGCAUGCACUCGCAGCAGUCGGCGAGUGACUCGACGUCCAUGAUGGAUCUGGUCUCGUCGCAUGACUUGAGCGACUUGCCGAAUGAUUUCUUUGCAUCGCAAUUUACGGACUUGGGCGACAUUCUCAAAGACUAUGACAAUUUUCGAUUUUGA